GUGUAAAUUUCUCCUCUAUACACACAUACACACACACACAACUAUAUCUCUCUCACAACUUUACUACCAAAUUCUUUGACUUGGAAAUCUGAACAAUCUUUAAAGAAUUAUCUAUCUAGCUCCAAAACCAUAAAACUAAACGAGUUUUUUCUUCACAAAAAAAAAAAAAAAACUUAGUUGAAACUUCAAAUCUCAUUGAAUUAGGAUACACACUCUCUCAACAAUCUUCAUUAAUGAGGGGUUGCUGCUUCUGAUGGCUAGCAGUAACACUUUUAUUUCCUCCACUUCUUUUUCUUCUUCUUGAUCAAUCUAUUCAUCUCUCUUUCUCUCUAUAUAUAUAUAUUUUCUCAGCAAUAACCUUAACUCAUCCAUCUAUCAAAACACCAAUUUUGGAAGCAUCACUGAGAUUCCUUAAACCUUUUCCAUUUUGGUAAUUACAUCAUUCAAUUCAAUUCCAGUCUCCCCAUUUUGAUAUGGAUGUAUCCUACGCCAUGCUGCUGGUAGCUGUUGCUACUGCUUACUGGCUAUGGUUCAAGCGGAUCUCACGGUGGCUCAAGGGUCCACGUGUCUGGCCAGUGCUGGGCAGUCUUCCGGGCCUGAUCGAGCAGCGCGACCGUAUGCACGACUGGAUCACUGAGAACCUCCGUGCGUGUGGAGGCACUUACCAGACAUGUAUCUGCGCCGUGCCUUUCUUGGCCAAGAAGCAAGGUCUCGUGACCGUCACGUGCGAUCCCAAGAACAUCGAGCACAUGCUCAAGACCCGGUUCGAUAACUACCCUAAAGGUCCUACGUGGCAGGCCGUCUUCCACGACUUCCUCGGCCAAGGCAUCUUCAACUCCGACGGUGACACUUGGCUCUUCCAGCGUAAAACAUCCGCUCUUGAGUUCACCACCAGGACGUUGAGGCAAGCGAUGGGUAGAUGGGUGAACCGGGGAAUCAAGCUCCGGUUCUGUCCGAUUCUUGAAACGGCACAGAACAAUCACGAGGCAGUUGACCUCCAAGACUUGAUACUACGGCUGACAUUCGACAACAUUUGCGGUUUAACAUUCGGGAAGGACACACGAACCUGCGCACCGGGACUGCCGGAGAACGGGUUCGCCUCGGCUUUCGACAGAGCCACGGAAGCAUCUCUGCAGAGGUUUAUACUGCCGGAGUUUCUAUGGAGGCUGAAGAAGUGGCUUGGGCUCGGGUUAGAGGUAAGCCUGAGGCGGAGCUUAGGAGAGAUCGAUGGGUAUUUGGACACAGUGAUAAAUGCACGAAAGGAAGAGUUCAUGAGUCAGCAAGAGAGUGGGGCUCUCCCGAAACACGACGACCUCCUCUCUCGUUUCAUGAAGAAGAAAGAUCCCUCCUACAGCCAGACCUCCUUUCUCCAGCACGUGGUCCUCAAUUUUAUCCUAGCUGGACGUGACACGUCAUCAGUUGCCCUUAGCUGGUUCUUCUGGCUCAUCACCACGCAUCCAACGGUCGAGGAUAACAUCGUCCGCGAGAUUUGCUCCGUUCUCAUCGAGACACGUGGAGCCGACGUGUCUUCCUGGACGGCGGAGCCCCUGGAAUUCGACGAGGUCGACCGCUUGGUUUACCUCAAGGCGGCGCUCUCCGAGACGUUGAGGCUUUACCCAUCGGUGCCUGAAGACUCCAAGCACGUCGUCAACGACGACAUCUUGCCGGACGGGACCUUCGUGCCGGCGGGAUCCUCCGUGACCUAUUCGAUCUACGCGGCGGGGAGGAUGAAGUCGACUUGGGGAGAGGACUGCUUGGAAUUCAAGCCGGAGAGGUGGAUCUCGCCGGACGACGGGAAGUUCGUGAAUCACGAUCAGUAUCGAUUCGUGGCGUUCAACGCCGGACCAAGGGUCUGUCUGGGGAAAGAUCUAGCGUAUCUGCAGAUGAAAACGAUAGCGGCGGCGGUAUUACUCCGGCACAGACUGACGGUGGCGCCGGGACACAAGGUGGAGCAGAAGAUGUCGUUGACUUUGUUUAUGAAGAACGGACUUCUGGUCAACAUCCACAAGAGGGAUUUGGAAGUGAUCAUGAAGAGUCUCGUCGUAAGCAAAGAGGCAAACGACGUCGUCGCUCUUAACGGAAAAUGCAACGGCGGUAUUGGUGAAGGCGUCGCCGUUAAUGCGGCCGUGGCGGUUGCCGUGUAAUUUGCAUCUUCUCGAUCGGGUUAAUAAUAUUUUUAUACUUUAAAUACAUACACUUUCGUUUGGGUUUUGUGAUUCUUGGGUAACAGUUAAAAAAAAAUUGGUUUGGUUGUGUAUCUCUAUAUGUAAAACUUGUAAGCAUAUACUCUUCUUCCUUUUUUGUUUUCGAGUAAUACUUUGGAUGUUCUUCUCUAAUGUAAGCUUUUACAAUUUG